AUGAAUGAACAAAAUAAUGCACUUAAACGUAAUGGAAGCAGCAGCCGUACUUCGUCAUCGUCGAAUAACACGCAGAGCCACCAGCAGCAGUCGCAACACCACCCGCCCUAUGCAAUUCGCAUAGAUAGCCUCGAAGAGGAUACCAGUACAGCACCCAUUACCGAAUCGAAUUCACAUGAAGACCUAAUAGUUCGUGAUCCCGACGACGAGGAGGAGUGUAAAAGUGGCAAUAGUGCACGUCACAGCCGGCUAUUCUCCACGGCCACGCAACAAUUUCCGCGUUUCCUUUCGGUACCAGCCCUGCGAAAUGCCCCACUACGUUCGACGCUGGGCAAACGCCAGAUUGUCUCAAGUCCAGCCAAAAGUGAACGUAUGGCCGCUCGUGAUGAUAGUUCAAAUAAAACCCUAUACGCACGAAGGCUAAGUCAGGAUAGUGGUAUUGUGGCGGGACGAUUGUUUACGGGAGCGGAUUUAGGCCUCUUCGAUCCCUCGCCCUUUCAGACGUCCCACAGUGCCCAUCAUCCCGAACAGAGUUCAUCGGAAAAUAUCUAUUCGUUGCUGAUUAAUAACGACAGCGAUAGCCACAGUGAUAGGCACACACCAACAAAUCUUUAUGCUCAGCAACUGCAACAACAACAAUCACCGGAAACGGAAAUGUCAGUAUUACCCAUUUCCUAUUUUAAUAAUAACAACAGCAACAACAACAACCACACCAACACAAAUACCCACCGCAAUAGCCUACCCGGCUGCAACAGUAACAGCAACAAUCAUUACAAUGAAAAAUGGCGCCCAAAUUAUUUCAAAACUCACAGCAUGGCCAUACCCUUGCCGACCCACUUGGAAUAUGAUUCGGCGGAACCCAGUCCAACUCAGGCCUUUGGACCGAAAAUUGAUAAUUUGGAGAAUUUACCCGGUACCGCAAUGCAUCGUUCGCUGGGUCUACAUCUAUCGGCACCACCCACACCCGAACCAGAGGAACAAAAAACACCCAUUACCAAUGGAGGCAGUGACUCCAAAACUCCACGGCAGGAUGAUUUGGAGAAGGCCGUCAUCAAAACAAACACUCCCACCCCCAACACAAUAAUGGACGAUCCGUUUGCCUACAAACAAUUGGUGCCCUAUGAAAAGUCACUGACCAACAACAACAACAACACCAAUAACUCCAAACAAUCCUCCAUGGAGUCGAGUUUGAAUGGCAGCUUCUUCAACAACAGCCGCAAGGAAAGUAAACGUAACUCCAUGGAAGAAACCCAAUCACGACGUGUCAGCAAACAGGAUCGUGAAGGUUUAGAUUCCGAAUCGCUAAUGUUUCGUGAUGGUCGUCGUAAAAUCGAUAUGGUCUUAGCAUGGGAAGAGGAGGAUUUAGGCGUCAUGACCGAAGCAGAAUCACGUAAACGGGAUCAUCGUAAAAACUUUAUGGAAAAUCUAAUUAAAGAAGGUCUCGAAGUCGAACUGGAGGAUAAGACGCAAUCGUUUAAUGAAUGUACCUAUUUUUUGAAAAUACAUUUACCCUGGCGUUUGGAGACCCGCCUGGCGGAGGUUAUGAAUUUGAAGUUGCCCGUCAAGAGAUUCAUAACGAUUUCGGUUAAGUCACCAUGGGACGAAGAGAACAUUGUAUCCCGCAACAUAAUCUAUUGGAAAGAUGUCUGGCAAAAGCUUACGCAACGAAUUCAGCUGGAUAAAAGUGUGCUGGAGGGAGAGACGACCUUCAAGGCUGCCACAGCUAAUGGGAAUCCCGAAGAACAAUUCAUAGUGAAAGAUCGUGCCACCUCGUUCACCAGCGCCCAACGUUCCCUGAUGGUUAUGCAGGUUCUGCUGCGCACUCCCUUCGAUGACAGUGAUCGUUGCGGAAUACGUCGUUUGCUCAAUGAUAAAACUUAUUUAGCUUGUUUCCCCCUGCACGAAGGACGUUAUGAUCGUCCGCAUUCGAGUGGCGUCUCCUUGGAUCGUCGAAUACUCUAUCAAACCUGGGCCCAUCCCUCACAAUGGUAUAAAAAGCAACCACUUUGUUUGGUGCGGAAAUAUUUUGGCGACAAAAUUGCCCUGUACUUUUGUUGGCUAGGUUUCUAUACGGAAAUGUUGGUAUAUCCAUCGAUUGUGGGUACCCUAUGUUUUAUUUAUGGGUUGGCAACGCUGGAGUCAGAAGAUAAUACACCGAGUAAGGAGAUUUGCAAUGAUUUGGGACCGGGUAAUAUUACACUCUGUCCGCUAUGUGAUAAGGCUUGUAGCUAUCAGAGGUUGUCUCAGUCAUGUUUGUUUUCGAGGAUUACUUAUUUGUUCGAUAAUCCGUCAACGGUAUUCUUUGCGAUUUUCAUGUCAUUUUGGGCUACAACCUUUCUGGAACUGUGGAAACGAAAACAAUCGGUAAUUGUUUGGGAAUGGGAUUUGAAUAGCGUCGAAUCGGAUGAGGAAAAUCGCCCGGAAUUUGAAACGAAUGCUACGAAUUUUCGUAUAAAUCCCGUGACCAGAGAAAAAGAACCAUAUAUGUCAACGUGGAGUCGAACGAUACGUUUUGUUAUUACUGGGAGUGCGGUAUUCUUUAUGAUUGUAAUAGUUUUGUCAGCCGUUUUGGGAACCAUUAUCUAUCGCAUAUCCAUGGUGACUGUGAUCUAUGGCGGUGGGGGAUUUUUCGUGAAUGAACAUGCCAAAUUAUUUACCACAAUAACGGCGGCCCUCAUUAACUUGGUGGUCAUUAUGAUAUUGACAAGGAUCUACCACCGACUGGCCAUACGUCUGACGAAUUUGGAAAAUCCCCGUACCCAUACGGAAUACGAAGAUUCGUAUACGUUCAAAAUAUUCUUUUUUGAGUUUAUGAACUUCUAUUCGUCGCUGAUUUACAUCGCGUUCUUUAAGGGCAGGUUUUUUGACUAUCCUGGGGAUGAUCAGGCCCGCCGUAGUGACUUCUUUCGUUUGAAAAAUGAUAUAUGCGAUCCGGCAGGGUGUCUUUCGGAAUUGUGUAUUCAGUUGGCAAUUAUUAUGGUUGGCAAACAAUGCUGGAAUAAUUUUAUGGAAUAUCUAUUUCCGAAAUUCUAUAAUUGGUGGCGUCAACGCAAGCAUAAACAGGCCACCAAGGAUGAGAGUCAUUUGCACAUGGCCUGGGAACAGGAUUAUCAUAUGCAGGAUCCGGGAAGGUUGGCGCUGUUCGAUGAAUAUUUGGAAAUGAUUCUCCAAUAUGGCUUUGUAACCCUAUUUGUGGCAGCCUUCCCUUUGGCUCCCCUUUUCGCUUUGCUCAAUAAUGUUGCCGAGAUACGUUUGGAUGCCUAUAAAAUGGUAACUCAGGCCAGACGACCGCUAGCCGAACGUGUUGAAGAUAUUGGUGCCUGGUAUGGCAUAUUGCGGAUUAUAACCUAUACCGCGGUGGUUUCAAAUGCCUUUGUCAUUGCCUAUACCAGUGAUUUUAUACCACGUAUGGUCUAUAAAUUCGUCUACUCCGAAUCGAAUACCCUGGUGGGUUAUAUCGAACAUUCGCUGUCGGUGUUCAAUACAUCGGAUUAUAAAGAGGAAUGGGGUGCCAAAACGGAAAAAGAUCCGGAUACAUGUUAUUACAGGGGUUAUAGAAAUGGUCCUGAAGAUUACGAACCCUAUGGCCUGAGUCCUCACUAUUGGCAUGUUUUUGCGGCUCGCUUGGCAUUUGUGGUGGUGUUUGAGCACGUGGUCUUCGUCAUCACGGGCGUUAUGCAGUUCAUUAUACCCGAUAUCCCAGCCGAAGUUAAGACCCAAAUGCAGCGAGAACAACUGCUGGCCAAGGAGGCGAAAUAUCAACAUGGCAUGAAACGAGCCCAAGUGGAUAGCCAGGAUCUGAUGAGUGUAUUUCGUGAUGCUGGCAGUCGAGUCGGCGGCGGAGGUAGUGGUCCAUUUGCAUCACGUCGCAGUUGGGCUCGUCGUUUUUCCCGACUCAGUGAUGGUUUGGAUGCCCAUGUAGAGGUGGCCUCACGACCACGACGUUCCAUGGAAUCGACAGUGUGGGAAGUUUCCUGACAUGAAGAGGAAUCCGAAUCACAGAAUGAUAUUCUAUAUGCCAAAAGUAAACAUUAGAGAUUAUUUUUU